UCGGACUGCUUUUACAUUGCCUGGGGGAGUUUGGAACAGUGAGAGGCAACGGACCCGUCAAGUUUGACAUACAUCAUUCUCAGCUAUUGACACCAUCUUGUAAAAGAAGUGGGUGACGUGGACCGGCUCUUUAGUAACGAUGGCACACUACCAACAGAGAAAAGGAGGAAAGGGGCAUGGCGACAACUUAGAAGAACCACUGGUGUCGGUCGAAGCCUUGGAACAGAUCAUGAAUGAGCUGUGGGCUUCUGAUGACAACAAAUGUUACCAUGGACAAGAUUUUGAAGUUUGUUUACAAGGAAGAGCCAGUACUAGGACCGAGAGAGAUGCUUCAAGACACUCACUGUUUAACUUCUUUGAUAAAGACAAAAUCUUUUCGAUGGAGACAUACAGUGCUUUCAAGGAUCUUUUAAACAACUAUACACUGGAGUGUGGUGAAGCAGAAAAGGUGACUCCCGAGGAAGUCAAAGAAAAUCGUCAGUUCAUCGAGGCUGUGAUGAAAACAGAUGUGAUGCAGAAGGCUCGUGCUUGGCUCAUCUCAAAAGAUGUCCUACCUGACCAUUACUUCACUCCUGACAGUGUGUUGGAAGAAAAGGGCAUUGCGCUUGACUUCAAUUUUAUGAAGAUGUUGUACAAACUUUGGUUUUCUCUGUACAGAAGGACGAGAGGGGACAGAGACUUGGAUUCCAGCAGCUUUGAGCAUGUGUUUGUUGGGGAGGCGAAACAAGGGAAGAUCGUAGGUCUUCACAACUGGUUACAGUUUUACCUGGAGGAGCAAGCCGGUCGGAUUGAUUACCAUGGAUAUUUUGGAUUUAAAACGGACUGUUCUGACGAGUCUUUCCGUCUGCUUACCCUCCAGUUUGAGAUGGUUGGAGAUGAGGAUGAAGAUGAGGAUGUUGGGGGCAUCAAGAAAAUGAGCAGCAUAUUCCUUGGAACCAGUCCCGAGUUUGAACUGGCUGCCUACACCAUUCUAUACCUGACAAAAAUGUUUGGUAAACACGAAAUAAAGAUAGGCGAAUAUGAGGUUAUGACAGAAUGCUUCCCCUUUGGUAAUUUUGGUAUUGGAACAGCUUAUAUUGGUUGUCGUUAAUAAGCUAACUGUUUCAUUGAUCAAUGUAAACAUAUCUUAAACACUCGAAACAAAUAUACUUGUACACAGAAUUAGUUCACGGUAACAUGGCACUCAAGGUCUGGUGUAUGAGGCAGGUAUUAUGUAAUAUCAUAUUUAAAAGGACUAAGAAGAUAAAAUUUGAUGUUGACAAACAUAUCUUCAAUGCAUUUUAAUUAAUUUUUCAUUCUUUUUGGUGGUGCUGUAUACCGGGCAAUAAAUAUUCGCCAAAUCAUACUCAGUUUACUUAUAUUCGCUGUAAUGGUAAAUUUGCCCUUAUUACAGAGGUUGAAAAAGCAAAAAUUGAUAAAAAAAACAAUUAAACUGCUGCAAAAAUUUCUCGGUAUACGGUACUUGCUUUGAUAAUUGCAUGAUGAUCAAAAGAUUAUGCAGCAUUGCCAUGGUGAUCUAACAAUCUGUGCAUAGAAAGACAAAGUCGAUUUAUUUUUUUAUUUUUUUUUGGUUUGAAAUAUCUCAUUAAAAAUAUUUUUUUUGUGAAAGUUCUUUUAUAAAGUGAAAUUUAUUAAUACCGGGUUGGGAUUGAUGUAGUUCUAUGUUAUGUUAUGUGAAACAGUUAUCUGGUAAAUAGUAAAAUUUAGAACCUAUAGGUAUUAUACACACACAUAUUCUUAUUACUAUUUAUAUUAUUUCCAUAUAUGCAUAAUAUAAUUAAGGUAAAGGUGAAAUACAAGUGUAUGUAUACACCAAGUUGGUCUCGGGAUUAAAUCACCGUUGUUUGUAAAGGAUUAUCCAUUUUUCGAAAUCUUUUGUUUGAAAAUUUGAAUUCUAUCUCUCGCCCGUACCACGGGAACAAGUGAUGGAUUAGGUGUGUGCAUAUUUCCCAUUAUUAGUGUCACUUCUUUUAGCUUAUCAUAGAUGGACAAUCCCAUUCAACGACACAGCCAACAAACAAAGACUUUUAAUACGACUGCAAAAAGGUAUAAUUAUCUGUUUGUCAACAAAUUAAUGGUGGCAUUUGGCACAGGAAUGACGUAAUACAUUGAAAUUGGUCUGGACACCAUGUCCACUUUGGGAAAAUUUGACCAUGUCUACUAGGUGAAAUAUUCAAAACUUACCAAAUCAACAAAUAAGGAUGACUGAAUGUAGAGUUAUUGCCCUUUGAUCAUUUUCGAUCAACAAAGUUGACGGGGGGAUAUACAAACAAGGUUUGUCCGGAAUAUGCCGUUUCCAAGAGCAUAACUCUAAAACAAUCGAAAAUAAUGUCACAAAACUUGAUACAUGUUUUGAUCUAGUGGUGCUUUGUGCUAUUCUUCAUUUAUUACUAUAUUUUUUCUUUCAUAAUGAAGACACAUAGCAAAAACUGUCAAAUUCACCAUUUCAAUAACUAAUUCUUAUUUUUAUAGUGUGUGAAAUUUGUAAAAUAUUUUCACUGCAUAAUUAUAUUGAAAUAUAAUAAGUCCAAUUCCCUAAUACACAAGUCUGAGACAAAGUUGGAGGUCUGAAAUUUAGAUUAAAAUGAAUUGCAGUAAAACUGAAAGACAAACUCACUAUAACACCAACCCUGAACUGAAUUUGGCAAAAUCUUUUCUAAAACUCCCUUUGGCAGGGGAUCUGAAUGACUAUCUCCUUGAAUUACUGAAUUUUCUCUGGAGGUGAGAAACUAGGGAUUACUUUCAAUACUCUACCAUGUUUGAUACAUCCUGGGAGAUCAAGAACACAUUAUUAGCAGUAAAGAUUUCCUAUAUUACAUGCUGGUGGCAGGUUCAUACAAGUGAUCAAUUUUGGAACGGUUUUAUUAUAUUGUUCUUAAACAGCUCUAAAGCAAUAUCGGUUCCAUUGUUAAGUUUACUGCACUGGUAUGUAUCUUCAUUUUGAAGGUUAAUUGUCUCAGCAUAAGUAAAAUUAAUUUGAAUCUCAUUGAUAGAAUGUGUUUUAUUGUACUAACACAAUAAGGUCCUCUGCACAGGAAUUGACAACUGUGUAUGUGAUAAAAUUAUGAUUCGGACCUUUCUUAUUAAGAUUGAUGUUGUUUUAUGAAAAUAUAAACUGGUAGGGUAACCAGUGAUCAUGAAUUUAUGUGCUAAACUAAAAAAUACCUUGUCAUGUGAGAAAAAAUGGUUGUACAAGAGAAAAUAUAUUUAUAUAAUACUGUAUCAAGGUACCGUCCUCAUAUGACCCUGGCUGUUGCGAGGAUGUUAAACCCAAAACAAAUGAAAAGUAUCAAGGUGGGUUCUCAUCACAGUGCAUUCAUUACCACAUAAGUAAAAUUGAUUUUUGCAUGUGGAAGUGUUCGCAUUUUGACAGUGUUGACAAAGUUUAAGUUGAAAAUGGUUCUGCAAUUUAUAUAUUCUUUUCUAUAUGUACAUAUCUAUGAUCUAUGUAACCUACCUGGUAUAUAUUCAUACUCGUGUUUGGAUAUUUUCAUGCUAAUUUACUCAAAACAAAACACCUGAGAAUGUCCACACUACGAUAAUUUUCAAUUGUAUGCCGCUACAAGAUCAUAAUGGCAUAGCCUCUAUGUGGUGUUCAUGAUCAAGUUGGUAUAUAUUCAAAUUUUGUAGUUGUUUUUUAUUUCAUGACGGGAAAGAAAUAGCUUUACAUAAUAUACGUUGUAAUAGUUUAGAUUUUAUUUAAGCGUUUUAGUUUUUAUUGAUUCAAAAUUUUGUAAACCCUGCUUUGUCUGAUGUUACUAAAUAUAUUGUACUGAUGCAAUGUUUCCCUACUAUGCACAUUGAAAUUUAUUGAAAUUUCAUAUUUGAAUUGAAAUGUGUUUCCACAAAUGAGACCAUCUUUUUGUUUUUACAUUGAAAUGUAGUAAUGUUUUCAAAAUAGAAAGGAAUUUUGAUAUAUUAACUUGUUUUUCCCCAAAACAAAUUCAAAUUUAUUUUGUCAGUUUCUUUUUAAAAUGUGUUGUGUUAUUCAAAUUCAAGGGAGCAAAUUUUGUUGAGCAAUAUUUGUAUUGAAAUUAAUUUUUAUUGUAGCAAUAAUUGUGUUGGAAAACAAAGUAAUGUGUAAAAAUUCAGCAGGGAGAAAAGUGGAUUAUUCUAUAUAAUUAAAGAUGGUAGUUACUCUCAAUUAUAUAUUUUGUACUGAUUAAUUAACAUAUUUAUCUUUCUUGCCUUUGAGAAUUAUUAAUUUGUACCGAUUAAUUAACAUUUUCAUCUUUCUUGCCUUCUACGCAGGGUGCAGCAACAUUAUGUUAUAUAACUGCACAAUGUACAUCUACAUUACACAGUAACACCUGUCUUGAACGAAACCUGAGUAUUAAGGAGAUCCUCUAAUGUAUGUCCAUGAAACACUGACAUGAUUCUGUCUUGUCAUUCACCCCUGAAUUGCAUGAUGAACUAUUCCAAUCUUUGAAUUGGAAGAGUUCAAAUGUGUCUUCAGGGGUGAAUGAAUUAAUGCACACGAUGUCAUAUUGGACAAAAUUACUCAGCCCAAUGUGAUGUUGGUAAAGACAGGUUUCACCCACAAAAUAUAUCUCUUGCCAUUUUAUUUUUCUAACUUUUUAACAUUAUUUAUAUGAGUCUGUUAUUACAUGUCAAGAAGAUUAUAAGAACAGUACCUUAAGGGAGCACCCUUCAUUUGUAUGUUGAUUUUUUUUUUUGAUUUUUUUUUAUAUAUUUAAUAUUUUUGUUGUUAUAAUUUAGCACUUUGUACUAAUACUGACUUUGAUACCAUGAAUAUGUUAAGUGUAAAUAACAAAUACACAGUUUUUCACUAAACAAAUUAUUUUUGAUUAUCAUGUAUCGAAACUGAAACUAUUUGGGAUUGUUAUAUAUGCAUGUUACUAAAAACAAUUUUUGAUUUUUGGGUGUUACUGAACUGAGUUUUAUGUUUGUUAUUAUACUGAAUCUGUUUUUUUUAUUUAAUAUAUUUGGUACUAAAUUGAAAGAUAUACUUGUAACAGCACUUCAGAGUAAUGGUUGUGUAAUGAUUGAUAUUCUACAUAAUGUACCUUUACUUUUGUUGUAUGGUAUAUAACAUUCACUUCAGUUGUGCAGGGUAAGUUCUAACACCGGCUAGUAGCUGGUUGAACUCAACUUGAACAUGUUUUUGAUCUGCCAGAAUAAAAGUGUAAGCGAUUUUAACAAACAUGUAUAUCUUAAUUCUACCAACUACUCACAUUGAUACAUUGAUAUAUACAAUAAUAAUGAUAUUAUACAUAUAGUAUAAAAAGCAAUAAUUGUUCGUUUUAUUUUGAUUUUUCUACCUCUAUUUCAAAUGUAUUUUGAUUGAUUUGUUGAAUGUGAAAAUAAUGUGCCUUUUUUAGAUUAAUUUACACAACUCUUUAAAUAAUAGAGAGGUUUGGCAACACAUCAGGUAUGUGUACGUGGAAGCUAUUUUAGACCCCUAGCCUGACUGACAACUACAAAAAUGUUCAUUAUUUUAACACAAAAAAACAAUAUAUGUUUAUCUUAUCAAUAACAAUUGCUUCCGUGCUCCCCAGCUCCCAUAUUUUAUUCAUACAUGGAAUAACCCAUAUCUAUAAAAUCUGUAAUUUUUCAAAUAAAUCUGUUUCA